AGAAAAAAAUAAUAUUUCAAAAAGGAAAAUCUAAUCAAGAAAGAAAAAACAAAAAAACAAAAAAUAGUUAUUACACAGCCCCGGGUUCCGGUGUUCAAUGCCAACACAUAAUUGUUAAUAAUUUGCAUAAAGAGUGGAAAAAGUGGUCUCCGUCGUCGUCCAGCUCCCCCCCCCCCUAUUCUGGCGUUUUUUAUGAUUUAAUUAAUACAGCGGGGAACAGCAUUCAUUCGCUCGUUCAUUGGCGUUCUUUGCUGGGUGACUGACUGACUGAUUGUCAAGCUGCAUGUCUGUCUGGUUUGGUUGUUUGGCUGCUGUUGCAUUCUUUCAAUUGGAGUAUUGAAUAACGGUAACAACCGACGUGCAUUUGCGUGUGAAUAGUUAAAUAGAGAUUUUUGUGGUGCAAAACAAAUGGUGUCUGGUUAUUAAAUGAAGACAUAAAAGGUUAAUAGAAGCAAUUCCCUACAAAAGUAUCACAACAAAAACAACACCUACAACAGCACGGAGAGAAAUUGAACAUUGUCUAGAAAAUAUAAAAAAGGAAAUAAACAUAAAAAUCCAUCAGCAAGGAUAACGGCAGUCAUAUCACUUCUUGUUCCCACACUUCUGGUUCUGUAAUUGUAAGGAGGCAAUAAAACAGGAUAUUUAAUGUGCUUCUAGUCGCAACCAAAGAAAAUCUGCUGUAAAUAAGAAGCAGAAGGUGAGGAGUAGAAAAGAAAUCCGAAAAAAGAAAGAGUUUAAAUCUGCUGUGGCGUUUUAGAAGAGUGUGAGAGUGUGUGGAGAGACGUAUAUCCGCAGCAAUAAUUUUUAUCAGCCCUCAAACAGAAGGCAUUUAACCGAAAAGCCAACAAAAAAUCACCUUUAAAGUUAUGCUCGCCCCAUAAAGGCCAAAGUCAAAAGCAUACUAACCCAUAAACCAAAGGCUAGAAGAAAAAAAGAAAUAAAAAACAUUGGCAAUAAAAUACCUCAAGAAAAGCCAAAGAGAGAGAGAGAGAGAGAGAGAGAGAGAGAGAGAGAGAGAGAGGAACGAAAAACCCAUAUUUUAAUACAUUUUCAAAAUCGCAACGCAUGUUUGAAUUUAUGUCAGUUAUUUAUUACAACAACAUCGGCCAUAACAAUCGCAAUCCAUUUGAAAGGUGUCUCCUGCAUCCGCCAAUGCAUUGAUUUAAAUUGUGAAAGAGAGAAAAAUCGAAAAAUACUAAAGACGUCAUUCAAACUCCACGGGACAUCUUCAAUAAAAAACAGCCGUCGUGGAUACCCACGGUGAUUUAAUAGAGCCAACAGCGUCCGUGCCAAAGUGUCCCAAUACCACACCGCCGUACCAGAGGCUCACCAAGGCUCUGCAAUGCGAUCCCAGAUGCGGACACGAGGUAACCGUUGGCCGGCGCAUUGGUCUCUACAGAUUUUGUGGCGAUAUAGGACGUGGCAAUUUUUCCAAAGUCAAAUUAGCUGUACACCAGCUAACACGAGACAAAGUUGCCAUCAAAGUAGUUGACCGAGCCGGCCUGGAUGCCAAAGCAUUGCGUAUGCUUUCAAGUGAAAUUGCCACACUUGAAUGUGUUCAUCAUCCUAAUAUUUUAAGGCUCUUUGAGGUAGUCGAAACGCUGGGUCGUGUCUAUCUAGUCACCGAAUGGAUACGCGGUGGUGAAUUAUACAAUCAUAUUACCCAAGGUGGUCCAUUACGUGAAAUACAUGCAGCUCCGCUGUUCAAACAAUUGUUGCUGGCUGUGAAACAUAUGCACAGUUUGGGUUUCGUUCAUCGUGACAUAAAGGCCGAAAAUGUUUUGCUCCUGUCAGAGGAUCGUCUCAAGUUGGCUGACUUUGGUUUUAGCACACAAUUACUUAAUGGCCCCAAUCAAAAACUGGAUACAUUUUGUGGUUCACCACCCUAUGCGGCGCCUGAACUAUUUUCGGAUGAUCAUUAUAUUGGAGCACCGGUAGAUGUCUGGGCAUUGGGAAUAUUAUUGUAUUUUAUGGUGGUGGGCAAUAUGCCAUUUCGGGCGCCUACAAUACCGGGACUGAAGGCAGCCAUACUGAAGGGUGACUAUCUCUUGCCGGGUCAACUGAGUCUGCCAUGUAUAAGACUAAUACAACGUAUUUUAAUCCAUAUCCCAAUACGUCGACCCACCAUCGAUGACAUGCUGAACAGUCAAUUUAUAACCCAUCCAAAACUCAGCGCCGAACUGAUGCAACACGAAAUCAAUUUACGCACCAAAUCUGCCAAACGUUCCGGCUUUUGGGUCCGUUCGAAAUCGAGGCGCAUGCGCAAACAAUAUUCGCUGCGCGAACGCUACAUGGAGUUAACAAAUAAACCGCCAAUAAAUAUGAACACCAAACGCACAGACGGCUUCUUUGUCGAUAACUUCCUUCAACCCAUAGAAUUGGCCAAAGAUCUGCCACUGGAACCCAUCAAGGAACAGUCGCGCAGCAAUACCCCAAAACGCUCGUUUUUAUGUGGCACUCUAAAGAAGAAAGUCGGACCGAUGGAAACGGAAAAUGAACGACACCUCAAUAAUGGCACGCUGGGUCAACAGAAGAUGCAGUGGAAUAAUAUUUUGGCGGCAGUGCCUCCCGAGUGUCCUCUCUUCAAGAAUUACGAUAAUGAGACGGGGCCAUGUAUAAUGUUUCCCACUGAUACUGAGGAUAUGGCUAAGUUGCCACCGCUGGAACAGGAGGCACGUCAGAUACUCGAAGAGCUGGGCAUAACAACGGAAAUGCUGAUGCAAGCCUCCCAGAAUGGUCCACGAAGUGAUAUCAUUGGUGCCUAUCGCAUUGUCAUCAAUCGUCUGCAGAAACAAUCGUGGCUGGCCCGCAAACAUGUGGAAAUGGCCCUGCAGGAAAUGCCAAAGGCGGAGAAGAAAAUUGAGCGCUCCUGUUGCAUACUGUAAGGCUGAAGGGGGUUUUUCCAAGGGGCCUCAGGUAUGUUACAAAAAAUGGCACUUUCGUCAUUGAGCCUAAGAAACGAGUCAAAUAUUUUCCAAAAUCCAAAAAAGGAAACAAACCCAAGCAUGGUAAAAAUUUCAAAAUAGAAUACCCUAAGAAUUUAACAGAGAACGUGAUGUGUACUGACAGUAUAUUACAUAAAUAGUCCGUUGGUAAUUUUUUUUUUUUUUUAGAAAAAGAUAAAAGUAGUUUUAAAUUUUACGAGGGUUACCAACCAGUCAACGUUGUCUGCAAUGUGAGGUCAAGGGGAAGACUUUCUUCCAAUGAGAUUUUCAAAAUAUAUAUGUUUCCUAUUUUCAAAAUAUUCCGGGAAAGGGUACCCUGUUAGGCUUUGUAAUAUAAAUUAAGGAAGUUAAUCUCCAACGAAUACGAUUGGUCUGUGAGAUAAUAUGAAGAAAAGGUUUGAGGGAAUAUAAAUUUUCUCAAGAUUUGUCGAUUUUAUUUGGUCUCUAAGAUGUAAUCUGAAAUUGUUGAAAAAUAAGAAAAUUCCAAGGACACCACAGUUGGCAACACCGAAUUGGGUGUAUGCGUAGCCCCUUAAAUACUUGUAAAAAAUGCCAUCAAGAAGGAGAAUAACGGAAAAGACAAAAAUAUUUUUCUAAAAUAAAAUCUAAGCCUAAAAUAGGCGAGUAUGAAAUUUUGUUCAAAUUUUGUAAAUCCUACUAUUUAUGUCAUACUUAGACCGACUUCGAAGAUGGACAAUAUCGAUCCACUCCCUUCCCUUGUGGACUGCUAAAAAUUCUAAAAUGCUCUCCCUCACAGAAAGCAGAGGAAGUAUCCGCUUCAAUAUUUUUAUUCGACCUAAGUUGGGAUGAUUCACGGAAAACCUCGGCUCACCUCUUCUGGAACUACCAGCACACAAAACUUCGAAUAUUCCUAACAACCAUAAAUCUCAAGUACAUCAUAGGAUGUACACAACUUUACUAACAUUUCAGACAUCCCCAUAUUUAUACCCUCAGCCAUAUGAAUAGAGAUGAGGGUAUAUACCAUUCAAUACGCCCAAAACGUGCCUCAUCGAAAUAACGGUUUUAGAUCCUACAUCUCUUUGAACAAAAUCCGUUUCAGGACAUUUGGAGUCGAUCUAGGGGUGUCCGUUCGUCCGUCUGUCUGUCGGUCUGACUGGUGCGCAUGAUAACUAUUGAAGGGAGUAUCCGAUUUGGUCCAAACUUGGUACAUCGUAAUAUUUUUGUCAAACUUAGAUCGAGUUCGGAGAUGGACAAUAUCCUUCCACUCCUUCUGGUACCUCCCCCACAUUUUCAAAGAAAAUAAUUUACUGCACAGAAUGAGAAAGGACAAUCCGAUUUUGCUUAAACCUUGCAAAUCCUAAUAUUUGCUUCAGUGGUAGGUCAGUUGCGAAAAUGGAAAAAUCGGUCCACUCCAUCAAGUGCCUCCCCCACAAAGCGUCAAAAAUUUUGAAUAUUUCUAACUCUUAUAAAAUGUGAUGUAAGAUUCCGAUUGUCUUCAAAUUUCACACAUCCCAACAAUUUUUAUUAACCCAAUGUCUGGUGUGAAUAUAUCGGUACUCCUUCUAGUACCUCCCCCACAAAGGGUCCAAAUUUUGAAUAUUCAAAACGCGAAAUUUACAUCCGAUUCCAUUCAGACUUCGCACAUUUCAAUAUUUCUAUCAUCACAAAAUUUUUUAUAAAGAUCGAACCAUUCCUUCUGGUAUCUCCCCCACAGAGGGUCAAAGUUUUGAAUAAUCAAAAUUAUUAUAAAAUCGAAAUAAGCAUCAUGUUCUCUUCAUAUUUCACACAUCCCAUCUAUACUAACAUAAGAUCUGUUGGAAAAUGGAAAAUAUUGGUACACUCCAUCAAGUACCUCCCCCACCGAGGGUCAAAGUUUUGAAUAUCAGCGAAUGUCCUAAAACAAGAAAUUAAUAUCCGAUUCCAUUCAGACUUGGCACAACUCAAUAUUUCCAUUACCGCAAGAUAAGUUAUAAAGAUUGUAGAGAUCGGACUAUUCCUUCUGGUACCUCCCCCACAAAACGAUAAUAAAAUCCGAAAUAAGCAUCCAGUUCUCUUCAUAUUUCACAUAUCUCAUUAUUUCCACUAACACAAAAUCUGCUGUGAAAAUGAAAUAUAUCGGUCCACUCUUUCUGGUACCUCCCCCAUAAAGGGGUCAACAUUUUGAAUAUCCAUGAAGCUUAUAAAGCACGAAAUUUACAUUCGAUUCCAUUCAGACUUGGCACAUCUCAAUAUUUCUAUCAUCACAAAAUCUGUUAUAAAGAUCGAACCAUUCCUUCUGGUAUCUCCCCCACAAAGGGUCAAAGUCUUAAAUAACCAAAACGUUUAUAAUAUCCGAAAUGAGCAUCAGGUUCUCUUUAUAAUUCACACAUACAAACAUUUUUGUUAACAGAAUAUCUGUUGUAAAGAUGGGAUACAUCGGUCCUCUCCUUCUGGUACCUCCCACACAAAGGCUUAAAAUUUUGAAUAUCCAUGAAGCUCAUAAAAAGCGAAAUUAACAUCUGAUUCUAUUCCAGACUUGGUACAUCUUAAUAUUUCUAACAGCACAAGAUCUGUUAUAAAGAUGGUAGAGAUCGGCGCACUCCUUCUGGUACUUCCCCCACAAAGAUUAAACCCGAAAUAGACAUAGAGGAAAAAUAGCAUACUUUAAAAUGGCCAUAACUCUUUAAAUAUUGACAUUUCGGGGUUUUUUGGUAUUGUUUGUGAUCAGUUUUUUAAAGAGGAAAAAUAGCAUACGUUAAUAUGGCUAUAACUCCCUUAAUAUUGACAUUUCGGGGUUUUUAGCUAUUAUUUUUGAUCACUUUUAAGGAGGUAAAAUAGCAUACUUUAAAAUGGUCAUAACUCCUUAAAUAUUGACAUUUCGGGGCUUUUAGCUAUUAUUUGUGAUAAUUUUUUUAAAGAGGAAAAAUAGCAAAGUUUACAAUCGCCAUAACUCUUUAAAUAUUGACAUUUCGUGGUUUUUAGCUAUUAAUUGGGAUCAUGCCAUUUCGCCUAUUUAACUCUCUUCAAAUUUCACAAAUCAAAACUUAUUUGCUAAGGCAAAAUCUGUUGAAAAGAUGAUAGAUAUCUGCCAACCUCUGCUGGUACCCCACCCACAAAGGAUCACCAUUUUCAAUACUAUUUUCUGUCUUAACCAUCGAAAAAAAAUCAUAGAUUUUUCUAAAAAUGAUAACAUAUCUUAUAUAAAGUCGAAUAAGUUACCAAUAUAGGUCGAAUCUGAGGCGUCACAAUAUUUAUAUCAUAUAUAUUUGGUCCGAUACGAAAUUGACAAUAUUUAGCCAUUCCUUCGGAACCUACUCCAUAGAGGAUCAACAACUUGAAUAAUCAUAACAGAAGUCAAAAUAUAUUUGAAUAAUCGAAAUCGAAAUUUGAAAAUCGAUACUUUUUACAUGGAGAUGAAAUUUUCCAAACAAUAUUUGUUUGGCCCAAGGACGGCCCCUAUUGAAAUUGGUGAGAAUCGGUUCAAAUUUAGACAUAGCUCCCAAAUAUAUCUUCAAGCGAUUUCGGGUUAAUUGGCCAAUAUCAGUCCAAAUGACUUGAGUUUUGGCACAUCCGACCGAAUUCAGUUUAGAAGCAAGUACAUCAAAUUUGGUGAACAUCGGUUCAGAUAUAGCUAUAGAUCCCAUAAAUAUGUUUCAUCCGAGUUGGUGUUUAAGUCCCUCACAUUCGUAAUAUGCACUCCACAAGAAUGAUAUUUGGUACCAUAUAACUUAUGAUAUAUACCUUUGGAGCUAAAAAUACCUUUGGAGCUAAAAAUACCUUUGUUUUAUAUUUUUAUCCGAUAUCAAGAUUAAUGUGCGCCAAAUGACUAAUAUCAUCCCAAAUGAACUGAAUCUUGGCAAUUCCAACUGAAUUCAUCAAUAAAAACAAGUACUUCCAAAUUUGGAGGAAAUCGGUUCAAAUAUAGCUAUUGCUCCCAUAUAUGUGUUUCAUCCGAUUUGGAUUGCAUACCUAAUAUGCACUCCACAACAAUGAUCUUUGGUACCAGAUAUCAGAUACAGCUCAGAAAUAAGUGCCUAAAAUUGGGUCAAGAUCGAUUCAGAUUUUGAUAUAACCCUCUUUAUCCGAUUUCAGUUUUUUUCGUGCACCAUAUGGCUAAUAUCAGCCGAAAUGGAGUGAAUUGUGGCCUAUCCGACUGAAGAAGCAUGUACAUCAAAUUUGGAGAAAAUCAGUUCAGAUAUAGCUACAGUAGCUUCCAUAUAUAUUUUUCAUCCGAUUUUGUGUUUAAGUACCUCCCAUUUGUAAUAUGCACUUCACAACAUGAUAUUUAAUACCAGACAUCAGAUGCAGCGCCAUAAAAGCUUUGCCAAAUUUUAUCGUGAUCGGUUCAGAUUUUUGUAUACCUGCGAUAUACAUCUUCAUCCGAUUUUACAAUAGACAGAUUUUUUUUAUAUUCAACCGAAUUUUUUUUUCAUUUGGUGCAACUCGACCCGGUAUAUCUUUUGCUUCAAAAAUUUUUUUUAAUGUAAUUCUUAUCGAAGUCAUAUCAUGCAAUAUACCUCAAUGUUAUUUGAUACUAGAGGUACAAAAUCCUCUGUCAAAUUUGUUGAAUAUCGAUUCAGACUUGGAUACAGUUCCCAAAUUGUGACUACUCUAAAACCAUGAUACCCCUUCAAAUAAGAUUCAUUGUUGGUAUGAUCUACUUCACAUACAUAAGCAUUUUGUGUUUUGGGAGCUCUACUAAAUACGCAUAGUUUUGCAGGGUCUCAAAUAGUCGGCCCGCCAGGCUUUUGACCUAUCCUUACUGGUUUUUCUUAUGGUAGAGUUGAUAAAAAAACCCUCUCUUGUAGAUAUAGGCAUACCAAGGCCUAUUUAUAUUUUCCCUCAUUAAAUCCUAACUCAUUGCUUCAAAAAACACCUGACUUUGGUAUAGCUAACAAAGUUAAAGGUUUCCUUCCAAACUACAUUUUUCGAAUUCAAAAUAACUCCCUUGAAGUGGGACUUUUCUCUACGACUUGGUCAUGAAAUAUUACCCAUUCACCCUCGUAACAAACGGAUAAAGAACCCCAUUGCAGACUAAAAACGUUAGCACAACAACCCUGUAGCUUUAUAACAAAAAAGGUGCCACAUUUUAAGAAAAAAUUAAAAAUAAUAAUAAUUAAUAAUAAUUAAUAACAAUUUAAUAGAAAAAGAAAACAAAUUUUCAUUUUAGCAGAAAUUACAACAACAAAAAAUAACAACAAAUAAUAAAACAAAAUAAACAACAAUCUCAAUUAUAAAACAAUUAAACUGACAGUAAUCUAACUAGUAAUAGAACCUAAAACAAAACUAAUAAUGAUUUUUUAACUUUAUAUAGAUUUUUGUCUCUCUCUCUCUCUCGCGCUCUCUCUAUAUUUCCACACAAAAUGAUCUCCAGCAUUAAGUAAAAGAAAAGACAAAUAAUUAGAAGAAGACUAUGAACGAGAGAAAGAAAAAUGUAAUAACAACAAAUUUGUGCAACGAUUUUUUUUUUGAUAAAGGGAUCAGCUAAAUUUCCAUUUCCAAGUUGAUCCCAGCCAGAGAAGAAGAGUUUCCAUGUUGCACGUAGUAUAUGAUUAAAGAAAAAAAUGAAAUAAUAGAAAUUUAUAAAAAGAAAAGAAAAAGUAAUUCCCAUUUAAAAUCUCAUAACAAAGAACUGUGGUUAUUUUUUUCCUUUUUUUAAAGAAAUUAUUGAAACAAAAAUUGACAAAGAUGCACAAAUAAGAUAGGGGCUCAAUUCUUGUUCUACGAAAUUGUGAUAUGACAACUUUACCGAAGAAUAUGAGGCUUGACAUUUAUAUCAUAGACUUUUGAAAUAUAAUCGAAAUUUAUAAGUAUGAAUGCAGAGUAAAAUGUAUGUAUGUGUAUGGGUUGAUGUAAAAAAAGCAAAUUUAAAAAAAAUGUAUAUUGAAUUUAAAUGAGACUCCCUGGCCUCCAGCUGGUCUAUAAAGACUCCCUGG